AUAGCGGCGUCUUUUUUUUUGGUUUUUGCCGCUCGCCCCGCUGCCCUAAUCCAGCCCGAGGCGUGCACAGGUUUUGAGUUUUCUGUUUUGAUUUUCAGCUGAAGAUUUGAAGGCUUUGAGGACUCGAUCCCGCGACUUGCUGUGGGGUGUGGUUUUUAGCAGAGGUGAUUCUACUACUUCGUUCAACUUGAUACACCGGUGGUUUAUUCUGAUUCCGCCAUGGAGGAAACACAUCCUGAGUUAACUGUAGUUUCUUUGGAUUUGAUUUCUGUGAAAGAUAUUGAGUCAUCUCAGCCAUUGCAAGGUUGUUUUGAGGGGAAGUUUGACUUUCCCUCCCCAAAGCCUCAUAUUGAUCCCGAGCAAUCUUUUGAUGAUCCUGCAAGCAAAACCUCAUAUUGGAUUGAUGCAUGUGAAGACAUUUUAAAUUGGGAUCAACCGUUUGAUCAGAACAAGGAAAACUGCCAUGAAGACACAUUUGGAGUCCACAAUAAUGAUUUUGGAAUUGAUAUUCUCAUGACUGGAGAUCCGCUUCAAAAUGGAAAGGUGGCCUUUCCAGAUAGCAAUGACUUGAUUAUCAAAGAUGACACUUAUGAACAGAGUAUUGGGCAUGAUAGUCAUAUUGUAGAUGCUUUGGAUGUUGAGCUUUUGUCUGACAGGGAUUGCAAUUUUAUUGGAUUCACUAAUGCUUGUAAUGGACAUGGGCUUGAAAUGACAGAAGCAGAGGAUAGCAUGGCCAAUCCUUGCAAAAGACUUAGAAGUGAUCUUCAUGCAACACACAAGGAAAAUGAUAAAGAGCUGAUGCUAAUGGAAGAGCAGACAAAGAAGCAUUCUGAGAAGGUUAGUAAUGAAUGCCAAAAAGGAACAGAGAGAAAUGGAGCAAGGAGGCAUAAAUGUGUUGAUGAAGCUAACAAAUUAGGUAAAAUAGAAGAAGAGCCUUGGGAGAAAAACAUAGACUCGAGAGACAGCUCUAGGAAAUAUGAUGAAAAGGUUGCAAAAAUACAAAGAGAGAACUGUGUAGAUAAUAUGAGAAGAGCACAGGAGAGAAUCAGAGCAAAUGAUUAUUCUACACGAAGAAGAGAGAGAUCGAGAUCUGCAGAUGAUAUUGAUGAGAGAGAGAGACGAAGGAAGCGCUUGAGGGACUCCAGUAAAGAUGAGAGACAGCAAGCAAGGUGUCAGGAUGCUUCGAGGGAAAGAGGAAGGUGUCAAGAUGUGUCAAGGGAUAGAGGGAGGUAUCUGGAAUUCUCUAGAGAAAGAGGGAGGUUUGAUAGGAAGAGGGGCCGUGAUUGGGAAAGGGAGAUUGAGAGGAGUGACAGGGACUGGAACAGGAGGGAAAGAGAGAAAGAGAGGAGAGAUAGAGAUGGAAGGAGAGAAAGAGAGAGAAGGGGCUAUUGGGAAAGAGAUCGAUCUGGAAAAAUGGUUUUUCGCCAUGGGACAAUGGAAUCUGAAACUGAAAGGGCAAGAGCAAGACUUAAAGAAAAUGAAGCAUCUCCAGGGCAAAUUAAAUCCUCUGAAAAGGUUUCAGAUGAACCAAAAGAAAAGGUGGCUGAAGAGCGGGCGCGUGAUUAUCAAAUUGAAGUAUUAGAACAAGCAAAAGUUAAAAAUACUAUUGCAUUCCUUGAAACUGGAGCUGGGAAGACCCUUAUUGCUGUUCUUUUGAUGAAAAGUAUCUGCAGAACCAUGCGUAAGGAAGGCAGGAAAAUGUUAGCAAUUUUCUUGGUGCCCAAGGUUCCUCUUGUUUACCAGCAAGCAGAAGUGAUACGAAAGCAAACUGGCUAUAAUGUUGGGCACUACUGUGGUGAGAUGGGGCAAGAUUUUUGGGAUGCACGGAGAUGGCAGCGGGAAUUCGAGUCGAGGGAGGUGCUUGUAAUGACAGCACAAAUUCUUCUGAACAUCCUGCGGCAUAGCAUAAUAAAGAUGGAAGCAAUUCAUCUUCUUAUCUUGGAUGAGUGCCACCAUGCAGUAAAGAAACAUCCUUAUUCAUUGGUAAUGUCUGAAUUCUACCAUACCACUCCAAAAGAUAAAAGGCCAGCAGUUUUUGGUAUGACAGCUUCUCCAGUCAAUUUGAAAGGUGUUUCAAAUCAGGAAGACUGUGCAAUAAAAAUACGCAACCUUGAAAGCAAACUUGAUUCUGUUGUAUGCACUAUAAAAGAUAGGAAGGAGCUUGAGAAGCAUGUUCCAAUGCCACUAGAAGUGGUAGUGGAAUAUGAUAAAGCAGCUAUACUAUGGUCUUUACAUGAACAAAUAAAACAAAUGGAAGGUGAUAUCGAAAAUGCUGCUCACGCCAGUUCGAAACGGAGCAAAUGGCAAUUUAUGGGUGCAAGAGAUGCCGGGGCCAAAGAGGAGCUGCGACUUGUUUAUGGUGUCUCUGAAAGAACAGAAAGUGAUGGUGCUGCCAAUCUAGUGCAAAAAUUAAGGGCAAUCAUCUAUGCCCUCGAUGAAUUGGGACAAUGGUGUGCCUAUAAGGUUGCUCAAUCAUUUCUCACAUCCCUACAAAAUGAUGAAAGAGCAAAUCGUCAGCUGGAUGUGAAAUUUCAGGAGUCGUAUUUGGAAAAGGUUGUAGCUCUUCUGCAGUGCCAAUUGACGGAGGGAGCUGCAUGUAAUAAGGAUUCUGAGAAUUCAGAGAGUAAUAAUAAUGCUUUGGAAGGAGGAUCUGCAGAUGAAGUUGAAGAGGGCGAGCUUCCAGAUGCUUCUGUUGUCUCUGGUGGUGAGCAUGUUGAUGAGGUCAUUGGCGCUGCAGUAGCAGAUGGUAAAGUGACCCCAAAAGUGCAGUCAUUGAUAAAAAUUCUUUUGAAGUAUCAGCAUACCGAAGAUUUUCGUGCAAUUAUUUUUGUGGAACGGGUUGUAUCUGCUUUAGUCCUUCCAAAGGUGUUUGCAGAAUUACCAUCUUUGAAUUUCGUGAAGUGCGCAAGUUUAAUUGGGCACAACAACAACCAUGAUAUGCGGACAAGGCAGAUGCAGGAAACAAUUGCUAAAUUCCGUGAUGGUCGGGUCACCUUGCUAGUUGCAACCAGUGUUGCAGAGGAAGGAUUGGACAUCCGGCAGUGUAAUGUUGUCAUUCGCUUUGAUCUUGCUAAAACUGUCCUGGCCUAUAUCCAGUCACGGGGCCGUGCUCGCAAACCUGGAUCAGAUUAUAUACUGAUGCUUGAGAAGGGCAAUUUGUCUCAUGAAGCAUUUCUUAGAAAUGCAAGAAAUAGUGAAGAGACCUUGCGCAAGGAAGCAAUUGAAAGAACUGAUCUUAGCCAUCUUAAGGAUUCAUCCAAGCUGGUUUCUGUGGAGACAGCACCUGGAGCUGUUUAUCAGGUUGCAAGCACUGGUGCAAUUGUUAGUUUGAACUCUGCUGUGGGACUCAUUCAUUUCUAUUGCUCACAACUGCCAAGUGAUAGGUAUUCCAUUCUGAGACCAGAAUUUACUAUGAAAAAGCAUGAGAAGCAAGGUGGAUCUGUUGAAUAUUCUUGUGAGCUUCAGCUUCCUUGCAAUGCACCCUUUGAAAAUCUUGAAGGACCUGUCUGCAGUUCGAUACGUUUGGCACAGCAGGCGGUGUGCUUGGAAGCAUGUAAGAAAUUGCAUGAAAUGGGGGCGUUCACAGACAUGCUCUUGCCUGAUAAGGGUAGUGGUGAAGAAGGAGAAAAGGUUGAUCAGCCUGAAGAAGGAGAACCUCUUCCUGGAACUGCUCGCCAUAGAGAAUUUUAUCCAGAAGGAGUUGCAGAUAGUCUUCAGGGUGACUGGAUUCUGAUUGGAAAAGAUGAUCAAUGCAAUGAAGAAAACUUAGUCACAUUGUUUAUGUAUAAAGUGAAAUGUGAAAAUGUGGGAGUUUCAAAGGAUCCAUUUUUGACUCAAACUUCAGAAUUUGGAGUGCUUUUUGGUAGUGAGAUGGAUGCAGAGGUGUUAUCAAUGGCCAUGGAUCUGUUUGUAGCUCGCACCAUGAUCACUAAGGCUUCUCUCCAGUACCGAGGAGCAAUAGAUUUCUCAGAAAGCCAGCUAGUGUCAUUGAAGAGUUUUCAUGUGAGGCUCAUGAGUAUUGUGCUGGAUGUGAAUGUGGAACCUGCCACUACGCCGUGGGAUCCUGCAAAAGCAUAUAUAUUUGUUCCUCUCUUAGCUGAUAAAGUUUUAAAACCAAUAAUGGAGAUUGACUGGCUUCUAAUUGAAAGGGUCUUGGGAACUAAAGCUUGGAAUAAUCCGCUUCAGUGUGCUCGACCUGAUGUUUACCUUGGUACUGAUGAACGAACGCUUGGUGGUGACCGAAGAGAAUAUGGCUUUGGGAAAUUGAGAAAUGGGAUGUCAAUUGGGCAAAAAUCACAUCCAACAUAUGGGAUCAGAGGAGCAGUAGCACAGUUUGAUGUUGUAAAAGCUUCAGGAUUAGUUCCUUCUCGUAAUGAAAUAGAUAAGUUGCAGGAUGAAGCUCCUCCCACAGGGAAGUUAAUGAUGGCAGAUGGAUAUGUUGAUAUAGAGGAUCUUACAGGCAAAAUUGUAACUGCAGCACAUUCGGGGAAGAGGUUUUAUGUUGAUUCAGUUCGGUUUGAGAUGAAUGCAGAAAGUUCAUUUCCCAGGAAAGAAGGUUACUUGGGUCCUCUAGAAUACAGUUCAUAUGCUGACUACUACAAACAAAAAUAUGGAGUUAAAUUGGUUUACAAGAAGCAACCUCUCGUAAGAGGACGCGGCGUCUCAUACUGCAAGAACUUACUGUCCCCCAGAUUUGAAUCUACUGAGAGUAAUGCAGAGGAGACACAAGACAAGACUUAUUAUGUAAUGUUGCCACCAGAAAUUUGUUUGGUGCAUCCAUUGCCAGGUUCCCUUGUUAGAGGUGCACAGCGUUUACCAUCAGUCAUGAGGAGAGUUGAGAGCAUGCUCCUUGCAGUUCAGCUUAAGCAUACAAUUAACUAUCCAAUUCCUGCUUCCAAGAUCUUGGAAGCAUUGACUGCUGCAUCAUGUCAGGAGUCAUUCUGCUAUGAAAGAGCAGAACUGUUGGGUGAUGCAUAUCUGAAGUGGGUUGUUAGUAGAUGUUUAUUCCUCAAAUACCCUCAGAAACAUGAGGGACAACUUACUCGCAUGAGGCAGCAGACUGUAAGUAAUGUUGUACUAUAUCAAUAUGCUCUGAGUAAAGGACUACAGGCCUAUAUUCAGGCUGAUCGCUUUGCUCCAUCUAGAUGGGCUGCUCCUGGUGUGCUUCCAGUCUUUGAUGAGGAUACCAAUGAAGCUGAUAAUGUAGAUUUGCUCAGUGAAGUGGAGCACAGCUCACCAAAAGAAAUGGUGACUCAUAAAAGCACACAUCUUGAAGACAGUGAUGAUGAAUCAAUGGAGGAGGGUGAGAUUGAAGGAGAUUCAAGUUGUUAUCGAGUUCUUUCAAGCAAGACAUUAGCAGAUGUUGUUGAAGCUUUGAUUGGAGUCUAUUAUGUGGAAGGAGGAAAGAAAGCGGCUGCCCAUCUGAUGAACUGGAUAGGUAUUCCUGCAGAAUUUGAUGCUGAAGAAGGAGAAUUUGCUAGGAGAAGAUGCAAGGUACCGGAAUCUGUGGCAAGGAGUAUUGAUUUUGAUAAGUUAGAAGGGGCAUUGAAUUGUAAGUUCAAUGAGAGAAGUUUGUUGGUUGAAGCAAUUACACAUGCCUCAAGACCCUCAUCAGGAGUCUCUUGCUAUCAGCGACUAGAGUUUAUCGGUGAUGCAGUUUUAGAUCAUCUCAUAACAAAACAUCUAUUCUUUAGUUACACCGACCUUCCACCUGGUCGGCUCACUGAUCUGCGUGCUGCAGCAGUGAACAAUGAGAACUUUGCACGUGUUGCAGUGAAACACAAACUUGAUAUACAUCUUCGACAUGGAUCAACUGCUCUAGAAGCACAGAUACGUGAUUUUGUAAAGGACAUUCAAGCUGAACUUGAUAAACCAGGAGUGAAUUCUUUUGGUCUGGGAGAUUUCAAGGCUCCAAAAGUCCUUGGUGACAUUGUGGAAUCCAUAGCUGGAGCAGUUUUUCUGGAUAAGGGACUUGACACAAAAAAUGUUUGGGAGAUAUUCAAACCAUUAUUACAACCAAUGGUUACUCCAGAGACACUUCCAAUGCACCCAGUUCGUGAACUACAAGAGCGCUGUCAACAGCAGGCUGAGGGCCUAGAAUACAAGGCCUCACGAACAGGGAAUCUAGCUACAGUUGAAGUUUUUGUUGAUGGUAUUCAGAUUGGUGUUGCUCAAAACCCACAGAAGAAAAUGGCACAGAAAUUGGCAGCUCGAAAUGCUCUGGUAAUCUUAAAGGAGAAGGAAGCACAGGCUAAGGCUAAUAGUGGGGAUAAUGCAGAUGGACAAAAUGGAAAAAAGAAUGGAGCUCAAACUUUUACACGGCAAACUCUGAAUGAUAUUUGUCUCAGGAGACAGUGGCCAAUGCCUCAAUACAGGUGUGUAAGCGAAGGUGGCCCAGCCCAUGCAAAGAGGUUUACAUAUUCUGUACGUGUACAUACAACAACAGGAGGAUGGACUGAAGAGUGCAGGGGUGAGCCUAUGCCUAGUGUGAAAAAGGCAAAGGAUUCUGCAGCAAUGGUGUUGUUAGAACUUCUGAAGCGUGACACUAAUCAAUGAAGGAUACAUUUUGCUACAGCCGUUCAGUAUAUUUAUGCAAUAUUUAUGACAUGCUGUGGAAAGGAUUCGACAGCAAUGGUGAUAUGGGAACAGCAUGAGCAUCUCUAGUCAAUGGAACUCAUUAUGCCACAGCCUUCCAUUAUACCGUAUUUAUUACACCUUUCAAUGUUAAACUCGUUUUGCCACAACCUCUUAUACCAUAUUUAUGACACAAAAAUGAAAAGAGAUUUUCUGAUAUUCAAUAUUUCUAUGCUUAAUUUCAGAUACUAUGGUGUUGGAGAUUUAUCUAACACCAAUGCAAAUUGCAAAGGCAUACACAAUACAUACGAAGUAAUAAUUCAAAUGAUCCUUAGGGAUACAUUUUGGCAGUC